UAUAUUUAUUGAUAUGAGACGCUAUAAGACACGUAAGCCCUUCUCCCAAUUCAUGAAUUCAUUGAUUACCAAAUAACCACCAGCCGCUGUAAAUUAGCCGUUUGUUUCAUCUUUUUCUUUCUCCACCCCUACUUCAGUGGAACUCAUUCGUUCACCCAUAUUGGAAUGUCUGUUCAAUGAUAACCCCUUUUAAGGUUCUUUAGUAUUUCAAUUUUUCUAGAUACCUACGGCAGCGGAGGAUGUGGGUUUUCUUGCUUGGUCUUCUUUAUCACUGUAGAAAUCACUGGGUCGCCUGCUCAUUUUGUAAAAAAAUUUAUUUUUAUUUUAACAAGUUAUUGGAUAUUCAAAUUAUGAAAAUUUAAGCUUGGGGUAUAGUUUAAAAGCCUACCUGCAUCUUUCCUCUGGCGAACUCCUAGCUUCUUCUUUCUCCGGCGAAAUUGAUUGAUACUGUAAAAGUGUGAUCUGCUUUUUACAAGAGGACCAUGCUACGCCAACUUCAUCAAAAAUUGAGGGGUAGAAAGGUGAUUGUUACCCGAAUGUAUAGUUCUAAAGAAUCAAUGGAAGACAAACUCGAUCCGCUGAAUAGGCUUUGUAAAAUUAUGAUGUCUUGCCCAAAAUUGGGCCUUGACACAGAGCUUGACCAAAGUGGGAUUAGAAUUUCAUCAGAGAUGCUUGACGAUGCCCUUAAGAGAUUUGAGAAUGCUGGAAUGCUUGCAUAUCGUUUAUUUGAAUGGGCUGGGAAGCAACAUAAUUAUGAACAUAGCACGAGAUCCUACCACAUCAUGAUUGAAUCUCUUGCCAAGAUAAGGCAAUAUCAGAUUAUGUGGGAUCUUGUAAAUAAGAUGAAAACCAAGGGAAUGCUUAAUAUUGAGACUUUUUGCAUAAUCAUGAGAAAAUAUGCUAGGGCGCAAAAAGUAGAGGAAGCUGUUUACACUUUCAAUAUCAUGAACAAGUUCGACGUGCCCUCUAACCUGGCCGCUUUUAAUGGCUUAUUGAGUGCUCUAUGUAAAUCAAAGAAUGUGCGAAAAGCUCAGGAGAUUUUUGAUAGUAAGAAACAUGAAUUUGUUCCUGAUUCAAAAACUUAUAGCAUAUUGAUUGAGGGGUGGGGAAGGGCUCCCAAUCUGCCUAAGGCAAGGGAAGUUUACAGGGAAAUGAUUGAGGUGGGCUGUAAUGCUGAUAUUGUGACUUAUGGGAUCAUGGUUGACAUCCUUUGCAAGGCUGGCAGGGUCGACGAGGCCGUUGCAAUUGUCAAGGAGAUGGAGUUCAGCGGUUGCAGGCCAACAUCUUUCAUUUAUAGUGUUUUAGUUCAUACAUAUGGGCUGGAAAAUCGGAUUGAAGAUGCGAUAGAUACAUUCCUUGAGAUGGAAAAAAAUGGAGUUGAGGCUGAUGUAGCUGUAUAUAAUUCUCUAAUUAGUGCUUUCUGUAAGGUAAAUAAAUUCAAAAAUAUCUAUAGGGUUCUAAAUGACAUGCAAUUGAAAGGGGUGACCCCCAACGCAAGGACUUGCAAUAUCAUUCUGAGUGGCUUGAUUGCUCGAGGUGAGACUGAUGAUGCUUUUAAGGUUUUCCGCAGGAUGCUCAAAAUUUGUGAUCCUGAUGCAGACACGUACACUAUGAUGAUUAAGAUGUUUUGCGAGAGGAAUGAGCUGAAGAUGGCUCAUAAAGUAUGGAAAUAUAUGAAACGCAAGCAAUUUGUUCCAAGCAUGCACACCUUUUCUGCAUUUAUUAAUGGGCUGUGCGACAAUGCUGAUGUUUCAAGGGCCUGUGUGUUGAUGGAAGAGAUGAUAGAGAAAGGAAUGCGUCCUGGUAGGAUGACAUUUGAAAAAUUAAGGCAAUUACUUCUCAAGGAAGGGAGAGAAGAUGUACUUGAAUUCCUUCAGCUGAAAAUAAAUCUUAUGGUCAGGGAGCCCUUGUCUGAUUAAGAAACUAUCUGUAACGAAUCUGACUAUUCCUGAUUAAGAUUUGCAGUUGCCGAAUCUGAGAUCUAGAGUCAGAAUAUCAAAGUGCCUUGAACUGCUUCAGAGCAGAAAAGAUUUCCAGGUCACAUAACAACCGAGCUUGCUAAGGACUUCAUCAGUGAGACUUAUUCGGAGAGCUUUGCAAACUUUAAGUUGGGAAAAUAAGGCCAGUCCUCGUAAAAUACUAUAGUGUAGAAAAGGUAUAGAGUAUAAUACAACUCUUAGCUUCUCUUUGUUGUUGCUGAACUUGAUUUCUCUAACUAUAUUUACCUCUUUUGGGUGCAGUUAGUUCCUUCCCUUUUUCAGAUAACUUUUAAAAGAAACUUUAGCAAGAAAAAGAUGCUUCAUACAAGUGGUCUAAAAGCCAAGCACAAGGUCAGCAUGCAUGUAACGAUACAGUUAGUUUUGGUGCCUUCUAUCUAUAUGCUAAUGCAUACCAUGGUUUUGGUGGGUUAUUGGUUCUCAGGUCACAUAUCCCAUCUUCUGCAUGUGUUAUUUCUCUGCUGGAUGUUUUCUUGAUUUUUCAUUCGCUGAAGAAAGGACAAAAACCAUCUCAUUUUGAAAUUUGAGUUAAGACACAUAAGAAAUGAAGCUUUAUACUAAAAUUAAUGUAUUUAUAUUUCACGGUGGAGAGCUCUAAUAAUUUGUUUCUUUUCUCCUGAAAACUUCAAUUUACCCCUUUUUCUAAAUUGUCAAAGGUACUUGUUUGAUUGUGUCUUACCACUUCUUGUUCUAUUGGUUCCGUGAAGUCAGUUUCUGCUGCUGCUGCUACGAAUUCUCUUCUUCACGUUUCCUUUGUGCCUUUUCUCAUUCUUUUUUCUGUCGAGGAUCUUCAAUCUGUAUAUUGUGCUCAGCCAACAUGGGACUAGUUCAGUGCCUCUUGCAAAGAACUGAACGAACUAAUGAAAGAAGUGAGAGAACUAACUGAGGACUAAAUCUUCUGCCAAGGGUAAUCCUGCUCUAUUUUUUUCUUCUACUUGUUACUUGAUCCAGUUGAUGUACUUUUAUCCUAGUCUCAGCCUAGACUUUUUCUAUCUGCUAACCUUCUUUUUCCUUUCCUUUUUAUUCUUUCCGCACCCACUCUCUCUCUUUCUCUACUGAUCGUGUCUGUUGCAAAUCAGCAACACUACAAUUGUACAGCUAGAUCAUUUAUGAAAGUAAUGUAUUUAUCAAUUAAUCUUGAUUAUAUUUCUUCAUGUUUGUAUCGUAUAUGAGUGGAAGAUGUGAGCUGUUUUCUCACAUCAUAUUCCCGUGCAAGCACCUCGGAAGGCCUAUCUCUUUACAACCCUGUCAGUAGAUGGCCUUGGCUGACCUAGUCCAUUCAACUAACUAGCUCGAGGGAAGAACUGCUGAGAACAAGCAUAGAAAGACGCUGAGAUUUGAAAAUGAGCUACCACACUGACCUUCCAGAACAGAACUCUGAGCAUAUGGCACACAAACCUUUUGUAUACUCAGUUUUAAUUUUAAAAAGCUGCACUUUUGUUUCCUUCCUCUCCGGCGAGCUAUCUCUUGUGUCCGUUGAUAAGCUUGGUAUACAGGUAGCAGAGAUCUUUCAUGAUACUUAACCCUUACCGUACCUUUGAGCCUCAUCGGAACAGGCAGCACUUGAACCGGCAGGUGAUGAUAUUGAACAAAUGGAAGUCUGGUCUCUAUUCCUUUUGAUGAUUUGAGCAUGUCCCUAUGUAUAUAUGCAUACAUGGAAAAUUUUAUUUUGUGUCUCAUACAACUGACACUAGUUGUAUGAGACAUCUUUUUUGUCUCACUGUUUUGUGGACCCAGAUUUUUGUGGACCCAGAAGUGUAAGAUAGGAGUCUACAAAUUUUUGAGACAAAAAUGAGCCUCACACAACUAAUGUAAGUUGUGUGAGACACAAAAUAAAACUUCUCAUGCAUACAUGUAUUGUAUGUGAAACGAUAGUUGAGUGUGACUCAUAUUAAACGAGUUUCGAUCUGAUCUUGAGCUUUACUUGAA